AGUUCUGCAGCUCCGUUCAGCUCGAGCGCAGCUCGUUUCAGACGGGUCGCCGAAGCGAUCCGGGACGGUGCGGCCGGUGAGGAUUCAGUGCCUAUGAUCAGCGGACGAUGGAGGCCAAGACGCUAACCAUCGAGGACCUGAUCUUUGGCGGACACAAGGAGCGCAAGUCGCAGGACGAGGCGGUGCGCAAGGGCGAUGAGUUGGUCAUCAACUGCCUGCGGAGCUUGGCGAUGGACGCCGUGCAGCAGGCCAACUCGGGGCACCCGGGAACACCCAUGGCGAUGGCUCCGGUGGCCUAUGCCUUGUGGGCCAGGAUUCUGAGCUUCGAUCCGGAAGCACCGCACUGGAUGAACCGCGAUCGCUUCGUCCUCUCCAUGGGCCACGCUUCGAUGCUUCUCUAUGGACUUCUCCACUUGGCGGGUGUCAAGGAGGUGUCCAACUCCGACGAGGUCACAGGGCAACUGGCCGUGUCAUUGGAGGAUAUCAAGGAGUUUCGGCAGUUCAGCUCGAAAUGCCCAGGGCAUCCGGAGUUCGGUGAGACCACCGGUGUGGAGGUCACCACUGGACCCUUGGCGCAGGGUGUGGCCACCAGCGUAGGCAUGGCGAUUGCCUCGAAGUGGCUCGGGGCGAGGUUCAAUAAGCCAGAGUUCAAGUUGUUUGGCUUCGACGUGUUUGCCUUGGCCAGUGAUGGCGAUAUGCAGGAGGGCCUGAGCUCCGAGGCCGCGAGCCUCGCAGGCCAUCUGAAGUUGAGCAAUCUUUGCUGGAUUUGGGACAACAACCAGAUUACCAUUGAAGGUAACGUCUCGUGGGCGAUGUCCGAGGACUUGUCGACGCGCUUCAUCGCCUACGGCUGGAACGUGCUCCGCGUGGGCGACGCCAACGACGUGGAGGCGUUGACCCGAGCGUUUUUGAGCUUCAGAAGGGAGUCCGAUCGACCGACCUUGAUCGUGGUGGACUCGCACAUCGCCUGGGGGGCGCCGACCAAGCAGGACUCCUUCCACGCGCAUGGCACGCCACUGGGCGACAAGGAAGUCACCGCGACGAAGCACAUCUACAACUGGCCCGAUGAGAAGUUCCUGGUCCCCGAAGCGGUCACGCAGCACUUCCGGGAUCAAAUGGCACGCCGGGGCGGCAUCGCCCGAAAGGAGUGGGAAAAGACGUUGGUGAACUACAAGAAGCAGUUCCCAGAAGAGGGGCGGAUCCUGGAAGACAUGAUCGCCGGACGCCUGCCCGUGGCGUGGGAUCAGUUCUGCAAGCCCUUCCCGGCAGACGCCAAAGGCUUGGCGACGAGGCAAUCGAGCAGCGAAUGCUUGAACUUCAUGGGGAAAGGCGUGCCUUGGUUGAUGGGCGGCUCCGCAGAUCUGGCGACCUCCUGUCUCACCACGUUGAAGGGCAUGGACGAUUUCAUGCCACCAGCCAGCCAGUGGGGCCAAUACGCAGGGCGAAACCUCCAUUUUGGGAUUCGAGAACAUGCCAUGGGCUCCAUCAUGAACGGCUUGGCCCUCUGCAAAUUGCGGCCCUUCGGGUCCACCUUCUUAGUCUUUAGCGACUAUAUGAGACCGCCAAUUCGCUUAGCGUCCAUCAUGGAGAUGCCCUGCAUCUUUAUCUUCACCCAUGAUUCCAUAGGCGUGGGAGAAGAUGGUCCCACCCAUCAACCAGUGGAGCAUGUGGGCUGUUUGAGAUCGAUUCCUGGAUUGGUGGUCUUCCGACCCUGCGAUGCGAACGAAUGCUUGGAGAUGUGGAAGUACAUCAUGCCCUUGAAGGACCAACCCGUUGCCCUGAUCUUGUCGCGACAGGCGCUGCCCACGUUGGACCGGCAGAAGUUCGCCGCGGCGGAAGGCGUGCACAAGGGUGGAUACAUUCUGGCCGAUGCGUCCACGAACGGAGCGCCGCCGGAACUGAUCUUGAUGUCGACAGGCAGCGAAGUACAUUUGAUGCUGCAAGCACAUGAAGUCCUGGCGGCGAGUGGUGUGAAAGUGAGGUCUGUCAGUGUUCCUUCCAUGGAGAUCUUCAAACAGCAGCCUCAAGAGUACAUCGACAUGGUGUUGCCCAACGCGUGCCGCGCGCGCGUGUCCAUCGAAGCCAGCCGGAGAGACUCCUGGGGAAGCCUGAUCGGCUUGGACGGCGAGCAUGUCGGCAUGAUCACCUUUGGCUUGUCGGCGCCCAGCAAGAAGGUCCAGAUCGAGAAGGGCUUCACGGUCGACGCCGUCACCGCCGCGGCCAGGCGUGUCAUGAGCGGCCAGCCUCGACAGAUCUCAUCCAGAGCAGAGGUCCUUAAGUCGUGGAAGAAACGGAAGCUGAGCACCUGACCCAGGCUGCACGGGCUCGGCACGAGCCCAGCGGUCCGUUGUUAGGCGGUGUUGGGGGGUCCCAAAACAUGAGGCCAAGGGCCACAUGACGACGCGAACGCAGCCGCUUUGGGGUUCGUC